UGUUUUUCCGUUUUGUUUUGUUUGAGACAGUAUUUCCCAUGUAUCCCAGGCUGACCUGGAAUUUGAAAUCCUUCUGUGUCAACCUGUCAACCUCUCCCAUGCUGGGGUUACAAUGUGUACUAAUCACAUCUUAUCAUUAUCAUUUUUAUGUUGAUGUCUUCAGAUUGUGGUAUAGUCUCCGUUACAGUAACUACCAAAUGUCAUUCUCAGCAGAUGUAGAUCUCCAGAGUGGCACCCGUGACAGCCGUGAAGUCAUUCCAGGCUGUCAGCCCUGUGUUUGACAAUCUGAUGUGAAGAUGGCAGCCAGGGUGAUCUGGGUUAGCCUCGGCCUGCUUCGAGUCUUGUGGUGUCUCCUCCCCCAGACUGGCUACAUACACCCAGAUGAGUUCUUCCAGUCCCCCGAGGUCAUGGCAGGUGUGCACCAGCACACUCAGCUUGAGAACAAGAACCAUGGCAUGGGGGACCUAACUCUGCCACAGGGCUCAACAGAGGACAUCCUGGGUGUGCAGGCUUCACGGCCCUGGGAGUUUUACCCCAGCAGCUCCUGCCGCACCGUGGUCUUCCCACUGCUGACCUCUGGCUCUACCUUCUGGUUGCUCAGGCUCUGGGAAGAGCUGGGGCUCUGGCCUGGUCUGGUGAGUGGCUACAUGCUGCUGGUGGGGCCCCGACUCCUCCUCACUACCCUCUCCUUUGCCCUGGACUGGGCUGUGUACUAUCUGGCCCCACUGUGGGGGGCAGAUCGCUGGAAUGCCAUGUGCCUGCUGUCGGGGUCCUAUGUCACCCUGGUUUUCUACACAAGGACCUUCUCCAACACCAUUGAGGGACUGCUCUUCACCUGGCUGCUGGUGCUGGUGUCCCCUUAUGUGGCAUGGGGUCCCAAAUCAGAGAAGCCUACCCCAGGUCCAUGGUGGCACAGCUGCCUUCUUGGCGCUAUCGUGGUGGCUGGCUUCUUCAAUCGGCCAACCUUUCUAGCCUUUACUCUGGCCCCCCUCUCUCUCUGGGGCAUUCACAGGGCCUUGGAACCUGGCGUCAAGGCCCUAAUGCAGGAGGCCCUGGCGUUCCUGCCAGGGGCUGCUCUUGCUGCAAUGCUGUUUAUAACCACGGACAGCUGGUACUUCUCCAGCCUCUCGACAUCCGGUAGCCUUGUCCUCACACCUGUCAACUUCUUGUCCUACAACCUGGAUCCCCAAAACCUUGCAAGGCACGGCACGCAUGCGCGGCUCACUCACCUGGCGGUCAAUGGCUUCCUGCUCUUUGGGGUACUGCACGCUCAGGCCCUGCGGGCUGCAUGGCAGCAUCUCCACAGCUGCCUCCGUGUGCUCCCGCAGACGGGCUUCUUGGGGGUGCUGGGUGCACGGUCUAGCUCCAAAUCUUAUCUCCUCCUCCUCUACUUCACACCCCUGCUCCUGCUAUCUGCCUUCAGCCACCAAGAGGCCAGAUUCCUGAUUCCCCUCAUAGUCCCGCUAGUCCUGCUUUGCAGUCCACAAACCCACCCUAUACCCUGGAAGGGGACCCUGGUCCUCUUCAAUGCUCUAGGGGCUCUCGUCUUUGGCUGCCUGCAUCAGGGAGGUUUGGUACCUGGCCUGAAGUACUUGGAGCACAUAGUCCACGCACCUGUCCUGCCAGGCACGACCACCCACUACACACUUCUCUUCGCUCACACCUACAUGCCUCCCCGGCACCUCCUACACCUCUCCGGCCUGGGAUCGCCUGUGGAGGUGGUGGACAUGGGUGGCGCUGAGGACCGGGUCCUGUGCCAAGCCUUGAACAACUUCAGCAGACAACCAGCCUGCCAAAUGGCUGGUGGGCCACAGCUCUGCCGACUCUUUGUGGUAACUCCCGGGACCAACAGGCAUGCUCUGGAGAAGUGCAGUUUUCCUCUCAAGAAUGAGACUCUCUUGUUUCCCCACUUGACCCUGGAGGACCCUCCAGCCCUGUCCUCUCUGCUCAGCCGGGCUUGGAGGAACCAUCUUAGUCUUCACGUCAUAGAGCUGGAGGGGAAGCCUGUUGUGACAAAGGAGCCAUGGCUCAGGAGCCAGCCAUAGAAGGGUGCCACUCGACCUUCAACAUGGGCUGCUGGGCUGGGACACUGGAACAGGACUCCCCCUGCUGUCUCUUCCAGGCACAGCCACGGGUGUUCCUCCAGGUGCGCCCACAUCCCUUUCCCUUAGACACCAAAGAUCUGACCAGUCACGGUCCCAAUGCCAAGGUCCCCAAAGAAACCUAGCAUACCCACUGGCACAUGUCUCUUUCCAUGCCGUCACUUCCAAUUGCUGUGUCAUGUUUCAAAUACAGAGUAGCACCUGCUUACCAAAGACAAUGAACUGCUGAUGACAUCCCCGAGUGGCCCCUCCCACCUCCCACAAUGCCUGACUUCUUGCUACCAUGACAAUCCUGUGAUUUCCAAUCUGGCUUUCUAAACAAAGGCAGUGUCAAGUAGGGACAGCAGGUAGCUCCCAUUCAGCUCUAGUCUCCGGUCUGUGACACACAAACUGUAAUCUUAAGAAAGUCCCUUCCACUCAGUCAACCUACCACCCAAUCUUACAACAGAUCGGAGGGUCCUGAGGUCAGCGUCAGCCCUGGAGCCUGUAGCGCAUGUCCCCUAGUCUGAUAAACACAUUUCUACAAGGGUCUGUAACUAGGAAACCGUAGUUCUGUCUUAUUUCAUGGCACCUUGGAGUCUGUGGACUCAGUGUUUGGGUAUAAGCAAAACAAGCCAUUCUAGAAAAUACCUCCCUAGCCUCUUCUGCUCCUUUGAGGGCAGUGGAGGGAUUUUUCCAGCCAUUCUCUCAAAGACUGGGUAAUGUAGCUCAGUGGUGGAGUUCCUGUUUAGCAUGCUCAAGGCUGUAGGAACUACCCCCGGCACCAAGAAAAAAAAAAUCACGCUCCUACAAUGAAGAACCCAGAUGUUCUCCCUUCUUAGUGCUGUUGUGAGGCCUUCUUAGCCUGCCCCAGUGGGAACUGGGUACACAGACUGCUCAGAAUCUGGUACUCAGUUUAAAAGCUUUUCCAAUAGCUGCAAGCCUUCUAGAUGCUAAGUUAACUGAGGGGCUCAAAUAGAGGUCUAGAAACUGAGUUAGGAGUCUCAAAAUGACAAGGCAGGUUACAUGCAUGGGUUCCCUAAUCACAUUUGAGUUAGCUACCAUAGCGAGUACCCCAGACAGACCCUCAAAAUAGAGAAGGGGAAACCAAGCAUCAUGUGCCACGGUAUCAGAGGCUUUAGUGCUCAGUAGUGGUGGAAAAGCAGCCCCUGAGUAGGGUAAAUCCUGCAAAGAGUAGGGACUGAUCAAGAACACAGACCUUGGUGUCCCAUGCCAGGGCUCACCUCACUCUGCAAGACUUUGGGCCUCCAUUUCCUCACACGAAUGGGGUUUUAAGUCAUAAACCACACAGAAUGCAACAGCAAAUAUCAACACAGACGCUUAACGUGUUAACUAUUAUUAGCAAGAUCCUACAGACUUAUCACCAGCUUACAUAUUUAAUCAGAUUUUGGCAACUUUAGAGUUGUCAUUCCAUCCACCAUCUUCCCUGGUAUUCUCCUGAACCAGUGCGGAUGCAGCAGCAUUUAUUCAGCUUCAGUCCCGCUUGUAGAAGGCAGGCGUUCUUUCUGGUUGUUUAUCCAUGGCUCUCAGUCAUGCUAUGUUCUGGUCUAGACUCCCCUCUGUGCCCUGCCUAGUCACAGGACCAGCACGCACAGGUCCACUUGACCUUAGGCAUCUGCAUGUUGACAAUCCGAGUCAGGAUUCGAAGCCGUGCAUCGUGCCCGAGAUAACUCAUGAUCACCGAGGUCGGUGUAGGUCACUGAAGGGAGGAGGGGACGUGACUUCGGCCCGGGAGAGUCCAGUCUGUGCUUACGCGUUGGCGCCCGGGCCCUUCUGAUGACCUGGGGGUGGUCCUGGACGGUCCCGGAGGCGGCGGCGGAGU